AUGGACCCACAACUCCAGAGAGAGACAUCGUGGCUACAACCUCAUGCACCCAUCGUGAAGGUAGCUGCGAAGGCUCUAGCUGACAGAAAUAUCCCUGUGGUGGAGUACGGGCAGCAGAUACAGUGGCGCAAUGGAGACCCUGUGGUCCUUCUACUUGUCGAGUGGGCAGUUCCCGAUGCACUGCUCUCACUUUCAUCGCAGAUUCUAUCAGACCAUGGAUUCUCCUGCGUUCCUCCAUCCACAAGGGUCACUGACAUAUACGGACAAUGGGAGCGAGCUUGCAUCAUCCAUAAGCUAGCCGAGAGUAGUCCAGUAUAUCUCUAUCCACUGUCGUUUGUCGGCCUUGCGCUCCAGGACACUGUUGAAGUCACGUCUACCUUUGAUCGCAUUCUAAGGAUCUUGACGCCCAAGCCUCAAAUCUAUAUGGUGUCGCUGAUCCGUCAUCUCCUCAAUCACCCUGUUGGCGAUAGCUUCAGAUUUCGAGUAAAAGAUGAUCUACUGUCUUUUAUAUCCUUUUAUAUUUUGCGCGACAAGCCACUGAAUACAAAGGAGGGUGAAUGUGACGAUGAUGAAAGCGAAGAAGAUUUUCAGAAAAGACUUGGAGACGCAGUGAGGGAGAUGAAGACUUGGGAUUGGGGCGCUGGUAGAUAUAACUAUCUCUGCAUUGCUGAAUCCAUCGUUCGCGACUGUCGGUCUAUUGAGGAGCUAUCCAAUUGUUAA